UGUUUAGCAUAACAAAUGGAUGGUGCCGUUUGUGAAGAAGAUGUUUUAAUUCCGUCCCAGAAAUAUGAACUGAUGAAGGCAAAAUGGCAGAUUGUGUUUGGAAGAAACGGCCCAAGAUGGUCUGGUGGUGUUUAGUGACGGUUCUCGUUGGGAUUUCUGUGCCGUUUGCUGGCGGCUUGUACAUAGAGGGAGAAGUAGAAACGUUCGAUAAUUGGAUUUUUCUGGCGCGUUUUUGUUUUCUGUCCGAUAUUGGGAGACUCCGAUUCGAAGUGGAAUAUCCCAAGUCAUUUGCCACACAAAACCUGAUCCUGUAUUAUGAUGAACCGGACCAGUGGCCUGCUGUGUAUCCCACAGAAUCUGUGGAACUCAAGACUUGCCUGCAGAAGGAGUCGGUCCUGCAGCCCGAGAACCACCAGGUCAUCAACCUGACCACGGCCUACGUCUGGUCUGGCUGCAUCGUGACCAAGUUGGACAAUGAAGAGCGCAUCCGAUUCUACGGGGACACGGAGAAGUACGACUGCCGGGCCGGGCGUAGCUUCACCUCCCGGCGGGAGCGCUGGUGGUACGUGGCCCUGGACAACUGCAACUCGACACGGGGCAUGUUUCUCAAGUACAAGAUGACCUUCACAAACGGUGACGAUUACUGGACCAGACAUUUUUCGGCAGAUCAAUUUGGAAUUCUCCAAACGGACAUCGUGUUCCUGAUUCUUUUUGGGUUAAUGUUCUUGGUGUCCCUGUACACAGCAAAUGGAUUGCACUGUCGUCAGUUGCUGCACACCACGUACAAGAUGUUCAUGACUUGCAUUGUCUUUUACAUGAUCGCAAUGAUUCUAUUCAUCAUCUACUACGCGGACUACGCCAGUGACGGAACGCCCCUGAACAACGUCAAGAUGGCGGCGCUGGCGUUCAUGGCCAUUGGAGACGGCGUGUUCCUGCUCAUGCUGAUCCUCAUGGGAAAGGGCUAUACCAUUACCAGAGGGCGCAUCAGUCAUUCUGGCAGCGUCAAGAUUGCUGUCUUGAUGUGCAUCUACACCAUGCUGUAUGCUGCCCUCUUUGUGUACCAGAUUGCGGUGUUUGACCCCGGCGAGGUGUUAUACCUCUACGAGAGUCCCGCUGGGUUUGCGUUGAUCGGUAUCCGUGGCAUCUGCUGGCUGUGGUUCAUGUACGCCAUCUUCUUCACCCUCAAGCACUACCCGGAGAAGAACCUCUUCUACGUUCCCUUCUUCUUGUUCUACACAGCCUGGUUUGUCUCGACCCCCAUCAUGAUCCUGAUAGCGACCUACGUGUUCCCCAAGUGGUGGCGAGAGAAGGUCAUGAAUGUCAUAGAACUGCUGAUUGCAUUCACCGCACAACUGGCGUUCCUGAUCAUAACCAGACCCUCGGCCGCCAAUAAGAACUUCCCUUAUCACGUGCGGACGUCCCAAAUCGGCGUGGUCAACGACCCUUACGGCGGUCCUGCAAACAACGUUGACGGGUUUGCCCACCAUGGCUACGGCAACAAUGUCAUGGAGGGCGAGGGGCAAUUGCCCAACUUCACUGAGAUGUUUGCUGUCACAGCUGCCUCCAACCGACCGGUCGCAAACGGAUACAUGGUUAAUAAUAACGCGAGUGGUAACAAAGCACUGCCAUCGGGUGACCCGGUGUACCCACCGACGUUACCCACGUCCCCACCACCGGCACCCAUACACCAGGGCCCGUACCCCGGCCCUGAAAUGGGCAACCAGCAGCAGAUACAAUCACCGUCUAUUAACCACAGACUCAUUUUACCCAUCAGAGUGGUAACAAAGCACUGCCAUCGGGUGACCCGGUGUACCCACCGACGUUACCCACGUCCCCACCACCGGCACCCAUACACCAGGGCCCGUACCCCGGCCCUGAAAUGGGCAACCAGCAGCAGAUACAAUCACCGUCUAUUAACCACAGACUCAUUUUACCCAUCAGAGUGGUAACAAAGCACCGUCAUCGGGUGACCCGGUGUACCCACCGACGUUACCCACGUCCCCACCACCGGCACCCAUACACCAGGGCCCGUACCUCGGCCCUGAAAUGGGCAACCAGCAGCAGAUACAAUCACCGUCUAUUAACCACAGACUCAUUUUACCCAUCAGAGUGGUAACAAAGCACCGUCAUCGGGUGACCCGGUGUACCCACCGACGUUACCCACGUCCCCACCACCGGCACCCAUACACCAGGGCCCGUACCCCGGCCCCGAAAUGGGCAACCAG